UGCUCCUAAAUUCAAAGCCACCCAUUGAACAAACCAAGCAAGUACCCAACCAUUUUGGCUGCUCUUGUUCAGUGUGUUCCCUUCUUUUGUGUUACUCUGUUUAUGCUCUGAUUUCUUGGGGAGAGUAACAAGCUUCUUCUCUGUAAAAGCUCUGUUUCUGUUUGAAGCUUCGACUCUUGGAGAAAUGUAUGCAGACACUGAGAUUUUGUUCCCUUACUUCCAGAAUUUCUCUCAGGAAGCUCAACAACUUGAUGAGUACUGCAAAACCCAGAAGUCCUGCGCUUCAAUGGGUCACCUGGCUCAGACCUCCAUAUUAGAAUAUGACCUGGGAGGAGAGGGGGAUCUAUUCAAAGCUCCGGAACCCAUCAUUGAAGAACAAGUUUUGAACCUUGAUCCCAUGACAGCAGCCAUUUCAAUGAUUUCUUGUGGGCAAGAUGUUAUCUCCACCCAAGGACUCAAGGUUGCAGACAUUGAAUCGCUUCAAAAUGAGCAGCUUUUGAGUGAGGUCUUUUAUGAGUGCAGGAAGGAUCUAUUGGAAAAGGCAGCAAUAGAAGCACCACUCUCUGAAGUUCUGGAUGUCAAGAUUCCUCUCUCAAGUAUAGAUGAAUACAAAAUUCCGGAAAACAGACAACUUCCUGCUGUACCAUUCCAGAAAAGUGUCAGCUCGGAAUGUUUAAGCUCAAUAGAGUGGAUGCAUGGAUCUGCAGUGAAACCAAGUUUCCUUGAUUUUCCUGGGAUGGAUUUGGAUACAGUUUAUGGAAUGCGAAGGGCAUUUAGUGAAGGAGACAUUAAGACUCUUGGUAAUGGCAUGAGCCUCAUCCAUUCUCCCCUUGAGCGCCCAUUAAUUGUCAGUAACUGUACUACCGAUGAGCGCCGGGAAAAGCUCUCCAGAUACAGGAAUAAGAAGACAAAGAGGAACUUCGGAAGGAAAAUCAAGUACGCUUGCAGGAAGGCUCUUGCCGACAGUCAACCAAGGGUUCGCGGAAGGUUUGCAAAAACUGAUGAAUCUGAUGCCAAGAGGCAAGAACUGUUAAGUGUUAAUUAAUUCAGUAUGAGGAGGUUUAGAAAAUAAGCAGAGCAGGAUUCAAUGAAAUAAUCAAACAUAUAGCGGAACCUUCACUCGAAAAUAGACCUGGACUCAAUGGAGAGAGUUUGAAUAGGUAUCCCUUAAUAAUCCAGACACCCCAACUCUUGUAGCCUUGAUCUCUUUAUUUGUAGUGACGAACCACCUAUGUAGACUGAAAUGCUCUUAGUAGAGUUGUACAAAGGUUUGCUAAAUAAACGGGGGAAAAAAAAAAAAAAAAAAGAGAAAAAUAGUGUACUUGGUUCAU